AUGUCUCAGUUUAUAUUCACUAUCACCACCUUCCUAGCUCUGAUUCUGCAUGCUUCAACGGCUGUGAUCAGCCGUGAGACUUUCCCUUGCAACUUUUUCAUGGUAGCUAUUGGCGGACUCAACGGCACCAUCAGCCAGGACGCCGUUGGUGAACCUAGAGUUGGAGGCACUUUUCCUCAGGCCUCAUUCUUGAUUGCUCAUGGCACGUUGACGGAUAGCUUGAACCACACAUGCUUGAUUUCGCCAAUGACACAUCAACUUCAGUGCACUCAAGGCUUGCCCGGCUCCGAAUUCAAGUUCUCAGACAACUUUUUGGUGUUGCAUGAUGAGACCAACGCAAAUUGGCUUGCGUGCCCAGCUCCUGGACCAGGCCAAGAUGGUAGUUACAACAUCUACAGCAGCCAGAAAGCAGACUCCACUGGAUGCCAUGCAAUUAAGCUACAGGCCGGAAGCUUUGGUUGUGCUGCUCAAGGUCGACCUGAUUCCUCGACAACUGGCAUAGCGACUUCCGCAAUUGCUUCAUCGGCGUCUAAGACGACCAACGAUGUUUUUAUCACAUCUGCUUCUAUUCCUGCCUCGAGAAUUUCGACUACGGCUGCGACAUCAAUGCCCUCUCUAUCAGCAAUAUGCCCAACCGACAUUUCAUCGGGCAUUUUCCAAUUCCCCCAUUUGAUCGUUCCGACCUCACCAAAGAGCCCAGAUACAGCUUUUGGCAACUCAUUCAAAGCCUAUAUAUCCCCUAUAAAUUCAACCCUCUUUAAUUUCGAUAUCCCAACGACUGCGCCAUACACCGGCUUCUGCUCCUUGAUCUUCUUGUUCCCAUACGCCUCAGAACUUGAUCCUUCGGCGGGUACAUACUACUUUUCGGGAAUCGAGGAGGAAAAGGGCGAGAAUGGAGGGCUGGACUUCGCACGCCUCUCAGGAGUGGCAUCUGCCAGCACAACAUACAACACAACCCCCAGAAUUGCGACUAACGGCGAGUAUGGCAAGACACAGAUCAUCCCGGGUAACGGUUACACGAUAAAGACCUUCCCGUGUCAGAGCGGCACGCCAGUCACGUACUCGGUGACCAGUGUUGGAAACGUUGAAUGUAACCACCCCACCCCUCCUUUUUAG